GAAAUCAUCGAACACCCUGAAAAUUCCCAAAAAAAAAAAAAAAAGGGAUGAGUGCUUUCUCCAAUCCGUUGGUUUCAAUCAGAAAUCCUCGAACCCAAUUUCUAUAUGGUUCUUCUUUGAAGUUGGUGGACCAAAGUAACCUGUCUCUAUGUUCCACUUCGGCAGGAAAUACUAAACAUCUGGCAAAUAAAAGUUUGCUUACAAUUCGAGCAGCUGGGGAUGGUGGAAGACCAAGUAGUGCAAGUAUCUUUGUUGGUGGCUUUAUAUUGGGGGGAAUAGUUGUUGGAACAUUAGGUUGCGUGUAUGCACCCCAGAUCAGCAAGGCACUGGCUGGAGCAGACAGAAAAGACUUGAUGAGGAAGCUGCCUAAAUUUAUAUAUGAUGAAGAGAAAGCUUUGGAGAAGACCCGCAAAAUCCUGACUGAGAAGAUUGCACAGCUGAACUCUGCCAUAGACGAUGUUUCUGCUCAGCUUCGUGCGGAUGAUGCCCCAAAUGGAUCUGCAGUGAACCCUGAUGAAAUUGAAGCUUCCAUAUGACAACAUCUUGGUUGAAAUUGGAAUGUAAAUUAUCCCUUGAUACGUGUGAUUAGCAACCCAGAAGUUAAUGUUCGACAUACUCAUCCUUCUGUUCAACUUCAUCAUAGAACAUUGACAGCCAUCAUAAACAAUCAUAAAUAUGUGAUUAAAGUUUUGCUUUUUCUGAUUUAACUUUGCCUCAACCAUGAUAUGAUCUGUUGUCUUUCCAUCAGUUAAAAAGAAGAUGCGAAUCUUUCAUCUUAUGCAGAUGAUCCUGUGCAAUACUCAUGAAGCUGACUCCUAGACAUCUGAGCAGAUCCCCAAGUGAUUCCUGUCGGUGCAAUAGCGGCAUGACAGGUGGCUUUUCUUGUUCAAUCCUGAUAGAUCUGCCCCUGGACAUGUUCUCUCCAUGUUGGCACCAUAAUUUGGAAAUUUGUUCAGGCUGGGUCACUGGCUCUCUGCCCAGUGACAUGGGCGAUUCUGGGUGACCCCAAUUGCUGUUGUAAUGAUUUGCCCAUGGUAUGCAUUUUUAAUUAAACUGCCCUUUCGGUAGUACGAUUGACUGUUUAAUGAAACUGCCCUUUCAGUA